AUGUCCGGGUCUUUCUUGACGGUUUUUGGAUUAAUGAUGACUAGUCUUGCCACAGAGUAUUACCAAAUACUUCUUGCCCAAGGCUUCUGCGUCGGCCUAGGUGGUGGAAUUUCCUACAUUCCAGCAUUAACCGUGAUUUCGACAAGCUUCACAGCAAAACGCCCAAUUGCCAUUGGCACUGCUUCAAUUGGAUCAAGUGUUGGGGCCGUCAUAUUCCCAGUCAUGUUCCGCCAGCUUCAGCCUAAAAUCGGAUUUCCUUGGGCCGUUCGCUGUAUUGGCUUCGUCAGUCUGCUCAUGGCAAUCGUCGCAUGCAUCAUAUUGUAUUGCCGGCCAGUUCCCAAAAUGCGCGCCCGAAGCUUGGUUGAUUGGCAAGCCUUUCGCGAGCCAUCAUUUAUGUUAUUCUCUGUCUCACUCACUCUCGUUAUGCUUGCAUACUACGUGCCUAUCUUCUACGUCGCCUCAUACGCACGGACUGUGGUGCACACUACGACAAGUCUUUCCUUUUACAUGGUAGCUAUUGUCAACGGGUCUUCUGUAUUUGGUCGCGUUGUUCCAUACCUACUCGUUGCCUAUGUCAAACCAAUCACUAUCCUCAUGAUAAGCGUGACGGCCUCGGCAAUCGCGAUGUUCACCUGGAUUGCCGCGACCAAGACCGCGGGCUUCAUUGUUUGGGCUUGCUAUUGGGGUAUCCUGAGUGGGGUUCUUGUAACAGCGCCGACUUCCAUUGUUGCACAUCCUGUCUUUUGUCCUAAUGUGAACUAUAUGGGUACCCGGUUGGGUAUGAUGUGGGGUAUCUCUUCGUUCGGUGCCCUUGCGGGGACACCCAUUGCGGGAGCACUCGUCAAUUUAGACACGGCUAAUUUCCUGCGGGCCCAAGUGUUUGCUGGGUGUAUGAUGGUUGGAGCAGUGCUUUUACAGUUGUGGCCUGGAUAUAAGGUAUUCCGCCAUGAUCGCAAUCGUGAUCAACGACAAGCAUAA